CAGUGGUACCUCAGGUUAAGUACUUAAUUCGUUCCAGAGGUCCGUUCUUAACCUGAAACUGUUCUUAACCUGAAGCACCACUUUAGCUAAUGGGGCCUCCUGCUGCUGCCGCGCCGCCAGAGCCCAAUUUCUGUUCUUAUCCUGAAGCAAAGUUCUUAACCUGAAGCACUAUUUCUGGGUUAGCGGAGUCUGUAACCUGAAGCGUAUGUAACCUGAAGCGUAUGUAACCUGAAGCGUAUGUAACCUGAGGUACCACUGUAUUAAUCUUGUAUUUAUUAAAUCAAGAGAGAAUGUUGGACACUUUCAAAAAUUUUAGCCAUUUAAAAAUUUCUUGCACACAUGCAGGUACUUCAAGAAAAAUACGGAGGGUGGCAGAAUGCGAGCAUGGCAAGUUAUUUUAAGGAUUAUGCAGAUUUGUGUUUUGAGAGUUUUGGGGACCGGGUGAAGCACUGGAUUACUUUUAACAACCCCAUGGUAAGUGCCAACUCAGGCUAUGCGACAGGACAGCAUGCGCCAGGCCUCAAACUAGGCUCGGAUGGAGCUUACAAAGCAGCGCAUCAUAUAAUUAAGGCUCAUGCAGAGGUGUGGCAUUCUUACAACAAGAAAUGGCACGGGGAACAGAGAGGCACUGUUGGGAUUUCUUUAACUAGCACCUGGGGAGAACCUAUAGAUUUAAGCAAAAAGAAAGAUACAGAAGCAGCUGACUACCCUGAAAUUAUGAAUGAAAUUAUAGGUAGAAAAAGUGCCAAGCAAGGACGGGCAUCAAGACUGCCAGUUUUCUCAGCACAAGAGAAGAGCUACAUUAAGGGUACAGCAGACUUCCUAGGAAUAAGCCAUUUCACCACCCGUUACAUUUCACAAAAGAACUAUCCAUCGGAAGAGCUAAGUUAUUUCACUGACAGAGAUUUGAUUGAAUUGGUGGAUCCCAAGUGGCCAAAUGUAGGGUCCCAGUAGGUAUAUGCUGUGCCUUGGGGCUUCCGAAGACUACUCAACUUUAUCAAGGCACAAUAUGGAAACCCACUCAUUUAUGUGACUGAGAAUGGCAUUUCAGAAAAGCUACUGUACGCUCAGCUGUGUGAUGAAUGGAGAAUCAAUUAUCUUAAGGGGUAUAUUAAUGAGAUGCUAAAAGAGCCUUUGACAACUCAUUUGGAAAUGGUGACUGAGAUCAUUGUGCCAACAGUUUUCACUCUCUGCAUUCUCAUAAGUGCUGUUCUGCUGCUGAUUCUACUCAGGAAACAUCAUUAAAAAGCUUUUCAUAAAACAUCUUCAUUUGAAAAAUGUUCCCACCCAUUUAUUUCUCCAUCUAUUGGCUAACCAAGGUUCAUCUUUUUUC